AUGGCAAACAACAUCUCAUCUAUGGUUCUCAAGUGUUUGAAACUCUUCGAUGCUCUCAUAUCCCGAGAUGAAUUAACAUCUUAUGCGAAGGAGGUACCGACAAGCCUGUGGACCGGUGAACUGGGGAGAUUGCGUCUAUGGGCGGCCAACAUCGGCGCUCAUCAAAGUGGCCAAUCUUCCGCUGACUAUCGCCUAAGAGAAGCAUCCCACAUCAAAAGUCAGACCGUGAAGCUACUGGAGCGUCUUCGGCACGUUCUCCAAGACCUGGAUGACUUGUUUGAUGGUACUGGCCAGGAAGAUGAAGCACUCUCACUCGAAGAUGACGAUGAAACCGAAGCACAGCAGAUAUAUGGCAGUCUUGUCACCGCCGUUGAUUGCCUUUUCCAGAUCAGCAUGAUCAUCCGGCGUCCCGCGCACCAUGAUAGGCUUCUAGCCUUUGAAUCAUUCGACAAACAGCACGUCGACCACAAAUAUCCUCAGGCUGAUCGCAUCGUGGUUGACCGGCUUGGGGUCGCCAUUUCACGACGCAGAGCGGCACUGAAAUAUCGUCAAAGGCAUCGUGAGAAGCUCGGGGAAGGUAUCGAUCAGCCCGAAGCUAUAUCCACACUUCUCUCAACAACAGUCGCCACAGACUUUGAGGAGCCUUAUAUUGAUCUUUUCGAGGAGACGCGCUCAGAUUCAGAUCUUACCCAAACGUCGUACGCCACCAGCCUUUGGGAAAGUGGCGAACGCAUCACAGUCCCACGUCCUCCCAUGGAAUCGAACGGUGGGAAGCCAUUCGAAUGCCCCUACUGUUUCUUUGUGAUCACAGUCUCAGACAGGCAUUCGUGGAUUCGGCAUGUGUUUAGAGAUUUGAUGCCUUAUAUCUGUGUGUUCCCUGACUGUCCCAUUUCCAACAGACUAUAUGAGAGCCGCCGCGAAUGGUUUCAUCAUCUUCAGACUAGGCACUUGUCAGGACUCGUGCCAGGUGAAAGUACUGAUUGUCCCUUGCACUGUGGAGCUAGGGGGCCUGCCAUAUCCCUUGCACGACACCUUGGGAAGCACCUGCAGGAGCUAGCACUGUUUGUCCUUCCGAGUAUUGUAGAAGACGAUGGCCAAGAUUCAGACGGCACUCACAGGUCAACUCCCAACGAAAACAUUGGUAACAGUAUCAGUACCAGCUCUUCUGGAGAUGAAGAAGAUGACGAAGUGUUUUUCAACCACUCCGAAUCCAGAGGAGAGUUGGAGCCAGGUCCUGUCACCAAGGAGAUCGAGAGCCAUAGUGACGGGAGGGUGGCAGUCGAAGGCUUCGCUGGCGAGCUCGAGGACGCUUUGAAGGGAGAAGUCACCAUAGCACAGGAAGAUCACGCCAGAAGGAUCCGCGACGUCGAACAACAACGAUGGCAGGAUGAGGAGGAGUUGAGGCGGUUGAAGCAACAAAAAGAAAGAGAUGCCAUGCUGCCAGAAGCGAAACUUACGGAAGUGAAAGACAAGAAGGAACAAGAAGAUACAAGGGGAUCGAACACAUCUUCGGGGUCGAUGCUCUCCAGAACAAUCACGUUUCACGAAGGCAGCGAUGCUGAAGGCGAGGACAUGCCCCGCGAAGAAGAGGAGAAGACCGAGAAAGGGAAGGAGAAGGCCGACUUGGGGAGAGAUGACGACGACAGUGUAUUGAAGGCACGGCGAAGACUUGAGAAUGCGACAGAAAAAAAAGAGUCAGUCGUUUUCGAGAACAACAUCUUCUUCCCAACGCCGCCCAAGGAUCGAGGGGACAAGGUUAACAUCAAAUACCGGAAGUCAGAAACAGCUAAGACUCACCGCCAUUACCAAGAUCCAGACUACGUAGACACGCGUCCUACCGUCAACACGAAAGGUAAGGAUGAUGUGCGUGAGUGGAGAGUAGGGAGCAGGAGCCAAAGCAGGCAAGGCAACGGAGAAGGCAUGGAGUCUAAGAUGGACAUGGCUUCGUCGACACAGCCCGCCGGCCAAAAGCGCAAAGUAGCUUUCGACAGGCCUGCCCAAUCUUCCCAAGCGCGUAAGCGACAGAAACAUCAAGAUGCUCGUGCUAUCCCCAUUCAGCGGGCUAACGCUGCCCUCCCAGCCAACGGCGAACUCAACGUUGCAUCGUUCAUCAAGGCACGAGAAUUCGAGAUUGGUGCUUUGGAAGGGAGCAUACAGAAGUCGAGAAAAGCACUAACCACCAGGGCAUUUCAACAAGUACCCCGGCAGCUGAGGAGGAGGACUGCUAGUCAUAAUGCCAAAAAGGUUCCCCGAAGGUUACGGAGGAGGGCAGAACGCGAGAUGAGGGACGAUAACACUCCGACGGUCACAAAACGAACGCGCACUCCUUCUCGAAAACUGAGACUGCGACUGGGUACGGCAAACCUCAUCAAGCAACUCAACCAGAAGAGAAAGACAGUACGGCAGAAAAAGAAGGAAGCGAAAGCCAACGAAAAGCAGACCGACCCCGAAAACCAUGUCUCUAUCUCCAAAGUGCCGAGACUGAGAAAGAAUACGCUGGCAGAACCACCGAAAGCCACGGUCAAAUACAAAAGGAGACAGGUCAAUAAAACAUGGAUGCCCACCCAUCUGUGGCAUACCAAGAGGGCACAUAUGACACGUCCGACCGAGCCAUUAUGGAGGAUAGCUAUCCCCUUGAGUCCGACAGAGAAGAGUUACAGACCGAGUCAUCGGGCAGCAGGUUCACAUGGUUGUAUAGCUUGGGAUACGAGCUAUAUGUCUACCGUUGCCUGUCGUGGUACCGAAGCUGCGUUGGAAAGCAUGCUCAAAGCCUUGAGUUUCUUCCCGCACGGUCUUAACCCUGCUAUGCACAAGAAGUGGAAAGCUGGGACUCGGUUCGCUGAGGCCUGGGUGUAUGAGCGAGAUAAUGCAAAGCAGGCCAUCGCACUGGUCAAGAUUAUAUGGUGUAUUCAGUCCAAAACGGAGGUGUCGACUGCUGCGACCCCCAGAGGGGAUGACCAGAUGGAUGUUGACGGAAAUAACCAACCACCUGUGGCGAGCACAAAACGGAAGGCCAAACUUGACCACCAGAUCUUAUUUCGAAUUCACCCUUCGGCAUUCCAUCAAUUCUGGCAGGAACUGCUGAAAGUGGCCAAGAUGCAGAGACCACAGGUCCUGCUUGAGGACCUACGGUUUGAGUUAGGAAGUAUCGACGUCCAAGGUCCAGGAUCAACAGAAUCUCUGCUAGGUAUUCUGCGCCCACUCAUGAGUGAAGGAGGCGAGGCCGAUACCACCGUGUGCACCUGGAUGUGCCUAGCAGGACUGAACAAUCCUGGUGGCGUGCCACUGAAUGCUAUGCUCGCCUUGGAUGUCAUGGACCCCAGACUCAAUCAUCCGCCCAAGCAGGUCAAAUUCCCAAGCGCCCAUAACAGCCGUCUCGAUGAGAUCUUAGUAUCGUGGCCUCCAGACAAGGAACCGUCUUCGUCACGCCUGCUGUCCCACAAAGAGCGUUGGCUCGUGAGCAACUCAUUACCUUCACAAAAGGCGAUCAACCGUCGGAGAGCACUUGCGCCUCCAGGACAGACACCCAAUAUUUCUGCGAAAGACCCGAAGAUACCUGUUCUUCUCAUGGCGUCCCGAUCAGAAGUCUCCAAGACCGCCAAGUCUGCCAACGCACAGGGAACGUGGACUGUUCUACUUCCUUGGACAUGCGUCGACCCUAUGUGGCGGUCGCUAAUGUAUUAUCCUCUCUCGUCAGGAGGCACGCCACGAUUCGGAGGGCUUAAGCAGACACAGCAAUUAGCGUUUGAACAUGGAACACCGUGGUUUCCUGGUGACUUCCCCGGCACUGAAGCAGGCAAGGCAUGGGAACGCACAGAAGGUGAGCGGAGAUUCGAUGAAUGGGUCCGCAGACCUCCAAAGAACAGAAUAGCUUGGGACAAGCUGGAUCUGGGUAUGGGCAGGUGCGGCGAAGUUGGAAGAGGGUGGGCGUGUGAUUGGGAGUGUCUUUUCGACAGCACCAAAGAGACCUCCAAUAACGGCGUGAUUGCGCCGCCUGAGAAAGCAAAGAAGGGCACAGCUGAAAACGUCGCGCCACCAUUGACGCAACGACAACGCAAAGUUGCAAAAGCGAAAGCCGAAGCUAGUGCGCAGGACGAGGACACAGGCCGUCGGCGCAACACUUCAAGUCCGGAGAGUGACCCCGGCGAAGAUCGAAUCACAGCACCACCUGAGGUCCAAUACGCUCAACUCCCUCCAACUACAAGUCUAGCACUGCUCAAGAAACCUGCAAUCACAGCUUUGCCAUCCCUACCAGCACUGAUGACCGUCCGUAUCACACUGCUGGACAAGGGUACCCCGGGACCCGCUGCCCGCAUAUAUCGCCCCCCAUCGACCAGCAAGCCAGCCGCAGAAGCAAUACCCACCACCAACGAAGCAGGCUUGCCCGAUCAAACUCAGCAUCAGAGCUGGUCUUCCGAACCUCCACCAGCGCAACACCCACCCGCGACAAGCACGACAGAUUCCUCAGCUUUGUCCAAGGAUCUGUCAGCGCACGGCCUGCGAGCUCGUUGGCUUGCAUUCGACCCUCAUCCUCAUGGUCAGACCCAGUCAUAUCCACGUCUUCCCAAACAAAAGACCACCAAAAUCAAUCUCCCGCGCCAGCAGCACGUCUACCCGCGCGAAUCGCUCGCCAAGAUCAACGUCCUACCAAAGCACGCACCGCAAGAAGUCAUCGACAAAUUCGGGCCAAACAGCGCCUUUGGUCGCGGUGACGGCGAGAUCCCCAAGGAAAUGCCACCACCACCGAAAAGUGCGAAGCAGAAAGGUAAAGGCAAAAACGAUCGCAAAGACACUCAAGCCAAAGGCGACACUACAAAGCCCCGCCUCAAGGAGAACAACAACCAAAGAGGCUACCUUGACCCGGACGACGAUGAACUUCCUCCGGCACCAAUGGCAGACUUCCAAGAUCUUCUCGACACCUCGCCUCCCGAAGACGAGUGGUCGAAACAUCCGCCCUGUCCGGACGUGCACGAUCUCAUCGGCUUCGUCACAUCGGGCGCAUACAACCUGUCCGAAGGCCGUGGGACGGCGGUGGCCUCGAUCUGGGCGCAGCGUGUACUUCAAGGCUGGAUCGAUCAUGUCGAUGAUAAUGCAAGCGAGCGGGAGAAGAGGUUGUGCAUUGUGCGUAAUGCGGGCGAGAGCGUUGGACGCUUGGGGGUUUGGGAAGUCUGUGGUGGUUGA